AAGUUAACAAUUCAACAAUUUAUUCCACAUAUUAGAUUUUUUCAAAUUUCUUCUGAAGAUUAUUAUUAUAAAAUACGUCCUUUAUCAGCACUUUUACCAAAAGAACUUAAUGAAGAACUUAUUUUACAUUAUCUUGUACCAGGAAGUUCAUUAAAUACAAAAGUAUUACCUUCAAGAAAAGUUAAUGUAGAAUCAGUAAUUAUUGAUAUGGAUCAUAUUUAUCAAAUUGUUCAUUGGAUUGAUAAAAAUCAAGGUGAAGUUUCUUUAAAAUUAGUUCCAUAUGAAUUUAAAUUACUUUUACGUGGAAGUAGAGAUGGUUUUGGUAUUGAUACUUUUGGAAAAAGAUGUUAUAAUAAAAGAGCUACUCUUAUAAUAAUUAAAUUGAAAGAUGAUGAUAAAAUCAUUGGAGGUUAUAAUCCUUUAAGUUGGAGGGGUGCUAGUAAAUAUCUUUCAACGAAUGAUAGUUUUAUUUUCUCAUUUCAAUCUACUCUAAAUUUAUCAUCAACUGUUCUAAGUAGAGUUAAGAACGGAAAAAAUGCAAUAUAUGAUUCUGCUUAUGAUAAACAUGGUUUUGGUGAUGGUGACCUUCGAAUAUUUGAUAAAGUUUGUGAUCUUAAAGAAUACGAAAAAAGAAUUAUUAAAAAUGAUAGUUUCGAAAUUGAAGAUUACGAAGUAUUUCAAAUUGUAAAGAAAAAUACGUGAUUGAGAUCACGAGAUCACGAGAUCACGUUGGCAAUAUCAGUCUAAUGUUGUUGUUGUUAAUGUAACUUAUUUAUACAAAUAAAUUUAUAUUCGAUGAAAAAUUCUGCGUAUUUGAUGUAUUAUCAG